AUGGAAGAGUUUGAAGAGGCCGAAAUAAUGUGGCCGGACCAAAUUGCUGAUGAUGAUUUCGGCUGGAGUCGAGGCGCCGACGAGGAUUUUUCAACGGAAAAGAGUGAUGACCGUCAUUGUCCUUCGACAGUGAAGGAGUCGUUGACAGUGCCUAUAAAUAUUAUCAAAAGGAAGGCUAGCGGUCGUUCUGACUGGAAAUUGAAAUUUGAUUGUUAUGCUGGUGACAGCAAAACCAGUGUCGACGGCAAUACUAGCGGUGAUUUUAUCGGAGAUAUCAUACCUCCUCAUGUAUUGGUUUCGGAGAGAAGUGCCGGAAUGAUGGUCGGAGAGGGAAGGGCGUUGAAGGGUCGGCGAUUGAGUGAUGUUCGGAAUUCAAUUCUUCGGAUGACCGGAUUCCUUGAGGCAUGA